AUGAACACGCUCAACACCACGUCCGUUGGCUUCGCCGUGACGCCGACUGUCGUCUCGACUUUGUUCUCUCAUUACUUCAACAGGAAACCUUUGAGACAACGCCCGACCGCGCAUCUCUCCUACGAUGAAGGUCUCCAUCUGAUCCGGUCGUUCCUCGAGUAUGCAUCGCACCACACAGUCGAAGAACUCCAGGCAUUUACCGCGCAAUGGGUGCCGCACCCUCAAUGGGUCAAAGUCGAGGAUGUUACCAUUGCCGAGGCUCAAUUGACAAGCGCCGCUGAAUUGCUUCACAAGCAGCUGGGCCCCGACGGCCUCAAACAGGUGGGCGGAGAGAAGUGGUGGCAAUGGCGGAAGCCUGAUCGUACGCUUGACGCGGAAUGGAUUGAGAUGCGCUCGGAUGCCUAUGAGCGAAAGCAAACAGGAGGCAACUCGCGACGUGUCAUGAUGUAUAUCCACGGAGGCGCAUACUACUUUGGCAGUGUUGAUGAGCACCGUUAUCAAAUGCAACGACACGCUCGCAAGCUCAAAGCACGCGUUUUUGCGCCUAAAUAUCGACUCUCUCCGCAAUUCCCCUUUCCCUGUGGCCUCCACGACUGUCUUGCUACCUACCUGUAUCUGCUCACUGUACAAGAUCCUACCACUAUAGUCCUAGCGGGUGAUUCUGCUGGCGGUGGCAUGGUCAUGUCUCUGUUGUGUGUUCUGCGAGAUCAAGGGAUCCCGCUGCCUGCCGGUGCUAUCCUCAUCAGUCCAUGGGUUGACUUGACACAUUCGUUCCCCAGCGUUGCCGGAGAAGCGCCCCUGGAUUAUAUCCCACAGGCUGGAUUCCACCACAAGCCCUCCAAAGCAUGGCCGCCACCAAACGAAGACGACAUUGCAAUGCUACGAGAGGAAGCCUUGAAAAAGAAGAAGAGCAGUACGAAGAAAUCCCCUGGUAAACACGAACUCAAGGAGAAACAGCAAGCACCAGUUGUGAAGAAGGAAGCGUCAGAUGCUUCAUCAAGAUCGGAGUGGAUUAACGGUGGGGUUGCCAUCAAUCCCGAGAAGCUCCUCUCUGUUAGCAUAGACGGCCAGCUUGUUAAACUGAAAGACCAAAUUCAGAUGUAUACCACCAACGAGCUCCUUGCUCAUCCCCUGGUUAGUCCAGUUAUGCAACCUACACUGGGUGGUCUGCCUCCCCUUUUGAUCAUGGUAGGAGGAGGCGAGAUCCUACGAGAUGAGCAGAUUUACAUGGCUCACAAAUGUGCCAACCCAGCGAAGUAUGCCCCGCCGGAGGAGGCCUUAACACCAGAAGGAAAAGCCUUGCUGGAACGUUAUAAGCCCACCGAUGUUCAACUUCAAGUAUGGGACGACCUUUGCCAUGUGGCACCGACCCUGAGUUUCACUCGACCUGCCAAGUACAUGUACAGAUCUGUUGCCCAGUUCGGUGCGUGGGUACUUGCGCGAGCUCAGAAGCGUGGCAUUGAGAUUCUCGACGACGACGAUAUUUCGGUCAUCUCUGAGUCUGGAUCUGACAGCGAUUCUAAAGAGAAACCACCUAAAACUCCGGAAACAGACAAGUCUGAUCUUGUAUUGGAGCCUGGUUAUGUUGGAAAGGCUGGUGAUCCUCUUCCACCGUUCAAGAACCACAUGAUUCGCCAAAGGGUCACCCGUCAUGGUGCUACUAUGCCAUUGGCCCCCGAGACCGAGUUGGUAGCAUGCUGUGUCGAACCCGCUAGCGUCGGCGUCGUGAAGGAGGGCACAGUCAAGAAAUGGCUGGCUAUGAAGAACGACUGGGACCAUCGAUAUGCGUCAGCCAAGGCUAAGGUCCACAAGAAGAUGGUCAGCGAUAUGGCGGUUGGCUAUCACAGCUAUGGCCCAGGCGAAUGCCCUCCACCAACUGCAUUGGCUGGUCGACGACGAGUCGAUUCUAAGCUGGUAGAGGGAAGCAAGAAGCAACAGAAGAGCUGGGGUCUGGCAAUGUGGUCUCUCUGGGGUUCCAAGCACGACGAGAUGACAGUUGAGCGAGAGAAGAAGGCGGCUUCACAGCCAGAAACUCGGGUCGCCACAAAUGCUGAUGGCGAAGGGGCACGCUCCUUUGCUGAUAUCGAAAGACAAGAUAGACCGCCCUUGAAUUCCAACCGAUCACGAAGCCGAUCCCAUAGGAGAACGGUCACAGACGAGAACCAGACGGGCAGUCAAUUCUUCACCCAAGAUAUGCCAGUUGCCCAUCUUAUAGAGCAGCGAAAAGAGCAAGAAGCGGCAAGGCCUAGCCUGCUUAGUCCUGAUUUUGCGCCAGAGACUGGUGUAGCCGGUAAACGGCCGUUCCUCGAUGGUAUUGCAUUGCCAUUCAGCCUUAACAAGGAUGCCGAGACCGCGAGUAUGAUGACGCUGCAAUCUAACGCUACGCCAUUUCCAGGCUCACGUCCUAUGAGUCCAAACUUCCUGGACGAUGAUUCUACCCAGCCCUCGCAGUCGACGCAACUCACUUCGCAAGACGCACCAACUAUCGAGAUUGCAGGAAAGCGACCGUUCCUUGACGGCACAGCAGUUCCAUUCAGCCUGAAGAAGGAAGCAGAUACAGCUAGUAUGAAGACUCUGCUAUCGAACAUCACCGCCAUGCCUGGCUCGCGACCUAUGAGCCCAAGCAUUCAGCGGUCGGACCCGACAGAGGAAUUUCAAGAGAAUGGAGUAACAAAUGAGAAGAGUCAUGUGGAUGAAGAAAGCUCGGGUUUGAUUGCCACACCUCUAGAGCGACCCGGUCUAGACACUUUCGUCACGGCCCAAGAGAAUCUUCCUCUGGCCAAGUAA